CUAACAACAAGCUGCGUGCGCAUCCGCCGCCAUCUUGGAAAUUCACAGGAGGUGUGUUCGAGCAUCCCCGGUGUUGUGGUCCUUUCUACAAACUAAGUUUAAUUUCCACAGCGUUUAAUACAUGGCUAACCGGAAUAUGCAACAACCGACCACGCACAGCAGCAGUUCUUCUCCUCAACCGGGGAGACGCGGGACCGAGUCGCCGGCCACGGAGCAGUCGCCGGGGAACAAAGACAGUCCGGCACCGGCGUCUCAUCCAUCCCCCGCGGCCGAGCAAAGCGAAGGAGCCGCGGAAGGAAGCGGCGAAGGCCCCGCAGAAAUGACCCUGGACAUCACGAGCUUUCGGAAACCGGGCGAGAAGACGUUCACGCAGCGCUGUCGUCUGUUCGUGGGGAGUCUCCCCGUGGAUAUUUCGGAGGAGGAGUUCAAAAACAUGUUUGCGAAAUAUGGAAACGUCAACGAGGUGUUCAUCAACAGAGAACGGGGCUUCGGCUUCAUUCGCUUAGAAACUCGGACACUGGCCGAGAUCGCUAAGGCUGAGCUUGAUGGGACGAUCGUGAACAACCGAGCCAUCAGGGUCCGCUUUGCUACUCACGGUGCCGCGCUGACGGUGCGCAAUCUGCUGCCCGCAGUGACGAAUGAACUACUGGAGCAGGCCUUUUCUCAGUUCGGGCCCGUUGAACGUGCCAUCGUUGUGACGGACGACCGCGGCCGGCCCACCGGGAGAGGCAUCGUGGAGUUUGCGAACAAAGUGGCGGCGCGCAAAGCCUUGGAGCGCUGCACGGAGGGAGCGCUGCUGCUGACAACCACGCCUUGUCCUGCUAUUGUUGAGCCCUCGGAGCAUUUUGAUGACGAGGAAGGCCUGCCUGAAAAACUGCUGCCAAAGACCCCAAAGUAUUAUAAGGAGCGAGAGCAGAAGCCUCGGUACGCCCAGCCGGGCACGUUCGAGUUCGAGUACUCGUCACGUUGGAAAGCCCUGGAUGAGAUGGAGAAACAGCAAAGAGAGCAGGUGGACAAGAACAUUAAAGAGGCCAAAGAGAAACUGGAGGCGGAGCUGGAGUCGGCCAAACAUGAACACCAGCUUAUGUUAAUGAGACACGAUUUAAUGAGACGCCAGGAGGAGCUGAGACGACUGGAAGAGCUUCGAAAUCAGGAGCUGCAGAGACGAAAGCAGAUAGAGAUGAGGCAUGAGGAGGAGAGAAGGAGACGAGAGGAAGAGAUGAUGAGACACAGAGAGCAGGAGGACCUGAGACGGCAACCAGAUGGCUUCAAACCAAACUACGUAGAAAACAGAGAACAGGAAAUGAGAGGGGGUGAGCUGGGCCCUCGUGGAGCCAUUAAUAUGGGAGAUGGCUAUAACCCGGCCUCUGCGGGGCCCGGUGCUAACCAGGGUCAAAUGAUGGGCAUGAGUGGAAGGGGAGGAGCCAUUGGCCCCGAGGGAACGGCAAAUAUGGGGACGCCAUUGAUGUCAGAGAAUGGAGCCACGCGAAAUGACCGGUACCCGCAGGCUGCAUCAAUGGGAGGCCGACCAGAAGUUGAGUCCCCAAAGCAGCAGCAGCAACAACAACAGCAGCAGCAACAUCAACAACCACAGCAGCAACAUCAACAACCACCGCAGCAGCAGCAGCAGCAGCAACAGCCGCCAUUGGGCCCCCAGGUUGGACCGCCCCCAGGAUUUGGCAGAGGAAGUCCAGUUGGGGCAAUGUUUGACGGGCCAAAUAACAAGCGUCGAAGAUACUAACCACCAUCGGUUAGUAGAGUGUUUUUACAUUGACUCACUUGCUGUCCCACCUCUUCCCUUGUCUCUUUGCUAAUAAAACCGUUGGGCUGGACCUUCCCCAGGACUUGGGAAUUUUGUGUUGGGCUAAGUGACAGCCGACGAAGAUAAAUAACCACUUGUGGUUCUCAUGGAUCUGUGACUCAGGACUAUUUCCUCUCCCUCGUUGACCAACCAUGUUCCUGUGCAUUUGAAGAAAUCUGAUAUAUUUUUGUUUUUAUCAUUUACUGUCUGAUUGAAAAUUGCCAGUCAGUGCUUUGUACUUCUUUGCAUGACUCCACGUAUUUUACGCAGAAUAUGUUUAUUCUCUCCCUCUGUCGUCUGAAUGAAAUGGUUCACAGCAUGUUCAGGGAUCCCUCUGUGCAUAAUUAACUUUGCAGAUGUUGCACCACAGCUGCUGUUGUCGGGAAGACACUAUUUUGACCUUUAUGGGGAGGGUUUAGUUACAGGUACAUCCACCAUAUUUGAUCAUGUGACUCAAAUUUCUGUAUGUACAUUUCUUUAUGUGUGCACGGCAUUCACUGUCUACACUUCCAGUGCAAGUAACAUCACGUUUUCCUCAUUUUUGCCAUCAACUUGGUCCUAUUGUAUUGGUUUUCAUGACGUCCCUUCUUCUCAGAGCUGAAAAUAACUUGGAUUAAAAAAAAAUAGUAAUUUAUUAAUAAACCGGUGGUUCGUAGUUUCUUUACCUUUCUGUCCUUUUCUCUUCACAUUCUGUCUAUCUUUGCUUUUUAGGUGUCAAGACUAUUUUGUGUGAAUGAAUAUUUCUGCAGCUUCAGUUCAUCUUGUAUGUCAUGAUCAAGAGAAAUAAAAAAAUAUUUGUAGGAA